UCUUGUAAACAGUCGUUUCAGUCGGGAAGGUGUUUUUACCGUUGUUUUGCGCGUUUUUUCGGAAUUAGUGAGCGGAUGGAAGUUCUGCGGAACAUUAGCUGUGGAAUUUGUGUAAAUAAACAAUAUUCAUUUUAGAAAUACGAAACAUUCGACAAAUACGAACGAAAAACUCGAGUACGUGGUUGAGAAUACGGGAGUUCUGGUGAAGUGUCGAUUCUGAAAGUCCAAGGUGUACGAUGAUCAGGUGAAUGUAGGUAUUUCGGAUUGAAUCACACCCGGUUUGAAAAUGAUUCAAUCUGCGUGGCGCUGGAAGAAGAGAUCUGGUGACUUUUUCGUACACUGAAUUGGCAGCCCAGCCGAUGGACGACGGUGAAUUUCGGCAGUGAGGGAAACGUCAGAAAAAUUAACAUAUUCACACGCAAGCAGUUUUGAUCCAGCGCAUGGACGAAGGUGCGCAACAGGUUUAGCAGGCCUGCUUGGUUUACGCGAGGGUGCUUGUGUUUUUUCGGUGCCUACUACGUUUGUGCUAGUAGUGGCUGCGUACGUGAGGGAGAAGGCAAUGCGCUGACGAUUUGGCGAUUCAGGCAGUGUCGUUGCACGGAAACCGGAGUGAAUGAGUGAAGAAAUACAUCCACCGAAUCGAAGUGGAGGAGAGGUGAAUAACGCGAUAAUAUCGCCGACGUUCAUUUGCGCUGGUGAGACGCGAGGUGCACGAGCGAUUUCUAAUGAAUUAAUGAUGUGGCUCUGAUGUUGUCCCAUGGUGGAUCAAGUUUUGUACGAUUUUGACAGCUAGUAUUCAUUAGAAAGCCGUCAAGUGGCAUGUUUGGUUACAACCCUUGGAACCCCAUCGUAUGGCAGUGUGGAUUGAUGCAAUCAAUAAUAUAAGCAAAUAGCCAAUGUUUGUAUUGUUCGGAAGUGGUUAGAGUUCGCGCAAGCACUACGCAGAGGUGAAGAGAAGAGAAGGAAGGAACGUACAAGGCAAUUCAAGUUAACCAAUGUGCAACAAGUGAAUGGAUGGAGUGAACUGGCCUUAGCGAAGGUUUUAUGUGGCAAAGUUUUAAUCACUGCGCUAGGCAAAUGCAUUAUGCUGAUUGAAUGGAAGUUUGCUGGCGAGGAAGCGAUGCAAAUUGUUUUUCGUACAGGUGUUUGAAGGCGUUACGUUAAUUAGAUUUCACAUUUAUCGAUCGAUUUCGAGCCAAACCAGUGGAAAACAAAAUAGAAGGAAGCAUACGAGCCGGGUUUUGAUGACUGGGAAGAAGCGGACCCAGGAGGGAAACACGACGCUUUGGAUUAAUUUUCCUUGUUUCUCGGUUUCGUUGUGUUAUUUUGUUUUCGACAACAGCUUAAAUGCUUCAAAGUCUCGAUGUGUGCGUUGUGAGUGGUUGGCGAGCAUAAACACAGUGAUUGGAAAAAUGCGUUCGAGUCGGAUCUGACCGUCGAUAUUUGGAGACGAUUUUCAAUUUCGUUUAAUUUUGGUUAAGUGAGGUUCAAUUUUACUCUCGAUCGUGUUGGGCUUUGUUUUGAUGCUGUGAAGAAGCCUGCUCCGAGAAGAUUGCAACGAAGAAGAGAUUCCAAGACGAAGCGGAAUCGAAGCUAAGGAAAUAUUUUUGAUUUUUGUUUCGCUGAGUGGUGAUCAUCGAUCGCGUUUUGGUCCAUCUGGCUCACAGCCUCUGGAAUUGCGUGUGAAGUGGAGAAAAUUCGAAACGAUGGGUAGCCGCAACUUGGAGUGUCGUAAAUUUUCACCAAACAUCUUUAACAAGAGCAAAUGUACUCACUGUUUUCGCCAGCGUGAGGAGCACAGUGCGGCCGCACUGGAAUGCAAUCGGGCAACAAGAAAGGUGUCAAAACGUGGUUAUUUAUUCGUGGCACCCGACUGGGACUUCAGCAAUCCACUCUACAGAACAAAGCGAUGGCAGCGACGAUGGUUCGUGCUGUACGACGAUGGGGAGCUCACAUACUCAGUGGACGAACACCCAGAAACAAUUCCCCAAGCCAUAAUCGACAUGACCAAGGUACUGGAGGUAACCACAGCCGAAGACGUCACUAGUCAUCCACACUCAAUUGCCAUUACCGCACCGGAACGAGUCACAUUUGUGAAGGGUACCUGCCCGGAGGAGACCAAGUGGUGGUUCAACGUACUGUCCGCCUUCCCAAAAUCCAAGGGUCGACACAAACGAAAUGCAACGUUUCCUGGCGGGCAAGCAACUACCAUCCUGCAGUCACAACCUCCAUCAGCCGGUCGGAAUCGGCACAAUUCCUACCACAAAGACAUGCUGCCAUCACCCGUCGUGGCUAAUCUGGAGGCCCUGACGGCGCCUUGCUCCUGGAAUCUGGCGGCCACCGACGAGAACAAUCUAAAUGCAAAUAAUGAGAAUUGCAGCCUGGGCAACUCCACGGCGGCGACGACGACGACGACGACCAGUAGCAGCAUCGGUGGCAGCAAUAACAACAACGUGAACGCCAAAGUCUACAGCGAGCAGCCCGUUUCGUCCAAAUCGCCACCCACCAGAGAUAAAUUACAUCCCGAAGGCAAGGGUCAGGCACGUAUCAGGAACCGCAAUCGAUCAUCGCUGGAUGCAACCGACUCAGCAUCCAAGUGCUAUCUUUUGGACGACGUACGACGCGACGAGAAACUGAAAGAUAUCGCCAAUACGAUCACCAAUGUGAACCGCUGGAGCUCGCCGUGCAUCGCCGAUAGCCUUCCGUUAACGGUAGUCGGAGUAUCGCCGGAUGAGAAGCCCACCCGGGAUGAGAACACAGUUCCGCCACAAUACAGUGCUAAAUCGACCGGCCAAAUGCGACCGCAGUCUCUGACGAUCCCGUCCACUGCACCGGCCAUCGUUUCCGCCAUCGUUAAAAAGAUACCAACCGGUAUCAGUAGUUCCACCAAGUCAGACCUGUCGAAAAGCAACCAGAACACAACCUCUAGUCCGAAGUUGAAACCUAGUCAAACCCACGAGCGAGGCGACCCCGACGGGGACUGCGGCCUCGACGAUGCCCCUGCCAACUAUCUGUCGAAAAACUCCGAACUUCGGGUCACAAUCCCGUCGACGACGGAGGAGCUGCUCAAUUCGAAAAAAGGCUGGCUUAUGAAGCAGGACAGUCGGUCCAGUGAUUGGAGCAAGUACUGGUUUACGCUGCGUGGGGCCGCCUUGUUCUACUAUCGAGAUCCGGUGGCCGAGGAGAAGGGCGUACUGGAUGGAGUGCUGGACGUUAACAGCAUUACCAGUAUCACCGAAGUGCCAGUUAAUAGGAACCACGGAUUUCAGUUGACGACAUGGGACAACCGACGUAUCGUGCUAUCUACCGUGACCAUCAGCAACCGAAACAAUUGGAUCAACGUGCUCAAGAAUGCAGCCGGAUUACCUCAAGCCAAAGCUACUCUGAACAACAAUAACCUGGGACUGAACAAUCAAAACGAUGAAAACUUCAAAACGUUAACCGACAAACCACCCUUAGCAAUAGAAAUCAUAGACGACAGCCCGAUGCCGGACCAAGUUGGCAGUCACAACAUCGGUACCAUCGGCGGCCGAAUCAGUGUUGAAGCUAACCGUGGAGAGGACGAAGUCGACUGUAAGCUCACUCAAAAAAGUCAGGACGUUGUAGUGCACCUCACCAAAUCGAACAGCGCUUGUGACGUUCUAAACAAUAACCUUCCGCAAAAGCCAUCCAACUCAUCAACCGCCACGAGUCCUGUAACACCCGUUACUCCCAUCACGCCCAAAUCGAUGCUGUUCUCCUCCGACGAAGAGUACCGCACUGCGUCCGAAGGAGGCCGGAGAGACAGUAUCGGCGAUUGGGGCUCCCCAGUGUCACCUUCUCCGCCAGUGCCACUCUCAGCGAUAGCUAGAACCAAAGAUAGAUUAAGAACAUCCCACAACAGGUUACACAAACGCAGUCGGUCGUCACCCCCAUCGUCACGGCGUAGCACAAUCGAAAGCGUUCAAUCCGAAGACCUCCCACUCAUCAACCCCGUCCAAGAAGAAGUGUGCAUAGACAAGGAAGUGCAACUUCGGUUGCAAGCUGCCGAGAAAGAAUUGUCGAUCCUUCGAGAGGAAACUCACGAACGGGAAGCCCGUAUGUCCGAUCUAUUGACCACACUCGAACGAACCGAACAAGAGUUAACGCGGAAGCGGGAAUAUGAGGAAAACAGGGAAAAACUGUUGACACAGCUAGAUGCAAGUAGGUCUAGUGCUCAAGAGAUCAUCGACAGGAUAACAGUGGAGCUUGACAAAAGUCGUGAUACGGUGAAGGAACUCGAAGAUCGGUUAGCUCGUGGCAUUGAAGAAAAUGAGUCGCUGUACAAGAAAAUCAGAGAAUUCGGUAUUUCUAGUCCCGCUUCCAGCCUAUGUAGUCUAAAUACUAAAAUGGGUAAAAUGCGACGGAUGGAUUCGUUCAGCGAUUUGACUAGUCUAUACGAAGUCGAUCCCAAUAUGUUAGACAAAGACAUGCUUACGGAUGAGUAUCACGAGCUCAGAGCGCGAUUCGAGAAAGCCGUAAGUGAACUGAAAGCGAUGAAGCGUGAGUUAAAGGACUCUCAUAAAAUGUAUGAUGAUCUUGAGAUUUCAUAUGCCACACUGAGAAAAGAGAUCGAGCGGCAACAAAAGGAACAGGAUUCACAAUCAAAGAUGAUGGCCGACCGAAUACAGGACAUGACGAACAAGUACACGAAUGCAGAGAAACAGGUCAGACUCCUUCGACAAAAAUUGAUUCGAAAUGAAAAGCGGAGAUCAUUAUCGUUGAAAGGCAAAGAAUCGCUCACAAUUCAGAAAGAAUUGGAAGAGAAGGUUACAGAAUUGGAGCAUAAAAUCGAUGCCCUGGAACAAGGUGCAGUGAUGGCGGAAGCAACUGUAUCGCAAAGUGAAUCAUCUGAACUGAAAAACGUCAAGCGGGCAUCUACCCGCUUAAGAAGGAAAAGCUUGGAUAGUGCUUCCAUCUCCGCGCAACCCAUGCAAGUUUUACUUAGGUUGAACAACUUGGAAAAACGGGUCGACAAUGUAAAGUCAACUGCUGGAGAAAUGUUGACUAUCCCUGGCUCUACAGAAAGUGUGAACACCGCAGGCAUGAUAAGCAGCGGGAGCACCAGCAGCAUUAGCAGCGUCGGUAUCAAUAAAACUACCACGAACACUAGUCCAAAAGUUUCCGAACAUCUGAUGGAUCGGUUGAAAAGUUUAGAAGGAGUGGUCAUUUCCGUUCGUGAACUUGUAGACCAAAGUAUGCGUCAGUUCCAAAAUUUGCGAUCUUCCAGGUCUAGGCGAUCCGUUUCUCCGAUUGCCGACAAGAAAGAUUCCUUCAAAUUUGUAGAAAGGUGCCUGUCGGAGGUUUCCAAACUGCUACGCGAUAGUUGUGAGCACUGCGUCAUUCAAGAUUGUUCGUUGAACAACAAUAUCGUCCUGCUGCCGGAAACCAAUCCAAUCAAACUUGCGCUAACGCAAAUGGAGGCCCAGCUGAAAAAUAAACUCUGUGAUUUGCUUAAACAGCGAAGAAUGUUGCGUGAAACAAACGGGCUAACGCAAAAGAAGGAUAUGGAACUUCUGGCGGAGCGCGUAGCUUUUGAAACCGUAUGCUUCGGCCGGAUGCGGAACGCUCUGGAACGGGCCGAAAACUUCAAGGAACAUGAAGAAAAACAAACCAAAGUGGAAGUUUCCGAAACCAUACAGUUGAUGGCAAUGCUUAAGGCAAAACUCGCUGGUAAAUGUGGCAUCAAGCCUAACAGCAGUAUUGACGUGCUUGCAAGUGUCUUGGCUAGAAAGCUUAUGUUAUCCGCCGGUCGCACCAGCAAUAUAAGGUCACUAAACUUCCACGCCAUUAACACUAAUUUACUGGAUGAUUUACUUCGUCAGCAGAACGAAGUGCAUAUGGUCGCCAAGCGAUACAAGACUACAGUUAUGGAGAACCUAGCGUACGGACUGGCUGCGGAAACGCUAAGUUAUAUUUCUUCAUCAAACGAGACUAUUCAGGGGGCCGUCCAAGAAGCUUGGCGGCAAGCACAAGAAGCAGUGAAUGCUGAGCUGGUGCAUUCAGAGAUCGCACACAUUAUGAUGCGAAGUGCUCAACGCUACGAAAACUCGCUAACUCCUGCAUUUGGGUACGCGUUGUCUACCGAUGAGCGGAUAACGUUUGAAAACUUCGCCGAUGCUGUUCAGGAUAUUCUGCGUCGAGAAAUGGAACUAGCGAUGGCGCAACUGACGGAUAGUUAUGAGGAAAGCUUAUUGAAGAUGAAGCGUGGCCAGUGGCGGCUGCAUCUGGAGCAGGAACGGAAACCAAGCGAAGGGCGGCAAUUAUUGGCAGAGUUCGCCGAUAUCAUAGCGCACAAAGCGCUGAUCGACGCCCGAGUUCAAAUAUUGAAAGGAGAUUACGUCCCUGCAAAGAUCAAAUUAAUCAAUGAGGAUAACAACAGCUUCAGCGUUGUUGCCCUGAAGAAGUACGAGAACUUGUACACCGAUCUCACUGCUGAUUUGGAGAUUGCCAAUUCGGAUGAUAUCCUCGCUGAGGCAGAUUUCAACUUCAUGUAUAAAUAUUUUGUCAACGAACAUCUCGCUAAUAAAACAGACAUAAAGGAAAUUUCUGCCAUUUUGAAUGAACUGGAACGAUCGGUGGUAUCGUUGCAGAAUGCAAUGAUUCCGGAAAACGUACUGAUCGCCAGCACGGUGGACGUUGACAGUCUACGGAGCAUUCACACCAGGUGCGUGGAAAUUCAGAAUCGCAUCGAUGCGUUAAUUGUCACAGCGAAGUCUAUCCAAGCUCAGUGUGAAGAAUGUGAUAAAUUGCAAGACACACUUCAUCAGCUAACCGAUCGACAUGAAAACGAUAUCGCUAGUUUGAAGCAACAGAACGAAAAAGAGGUUAGCCAGUUAACUAGAAAAAUUGAGGAGCAGAAACAGCUAAUCAAAAGCAUCGAGAAUGAAAAGACCGAAACUCAAGAGCGCUUGAAAAAUGAGAAAAAUGUCCUGAAGCUCCGCGAGAAGGAGUUCAAUGACCUCAGCAGCAAGCUUCUUGCAUACGAAACAAUGUGCCAUGAAAAAGAUAAGCAAAUCGAAGAUCUGCUGGAUAGUUUUGACGAGGAUAGGAAAAAGUCCAAGGUGCUACGGGAGAAAUACGAAGAACUCUCAACCAACUUCCAGAAAAACGCUGAAGAAUAUGCCGAGCUGGAGAAGGAGCGCGAUUACCUCUUCGAGCAGAUCCGAAAGGAGAAGGAUCACGUGAAGAAGCUGGAGAAGCAUUUGGAGAUGCUCGAGGCCGAACACGCCCAACAGGUCGAUAAUUUGCAUGCCGCCUAUCGGGAACAGCAGAUGGCCAACGAAAUUGACUCGCAAAAGGACAAAGAUGACGAGGAUAGCUUGCGUCUCAAAUAUCAGGCAGAGAUCGAGCAACUGAGGGCUCUCUGUGAGAAGGGGCUCGCAGCAAUGGAGGCAUCGCACAAGCGCAUCAUCCACGAUCUGGAAGAAAAGCACCAACAUGAGAUUGCGCAGCUGAUAGUGGAAAAGGAGCAAGCCCUUGCCGAAGAGACUCAGGCAACGUUGGCAGCUCUGGACGCUAUGCGCAAAGCUCAUCAGAAUGAGGUCCAGCGAGAGGUAGCUCGGUUCAAGCAAGAGUUCCUCAAGCAAUUCCAAAAGGGUGGCCAAUCGCCAACGUCCGUCAAAGAGAAAGAGCAAGAAUUGGAGGAAGUCCGUCAAGAAAUUUUGUCACUAUCGGAAAAGUACUCAAUGAAGUGCGUUGAAACGGCAUCGCUGGAAGAAAAGCUGCGAAUUGCAUCGCAACAGUUGAAAUACUCGCAGCAGCACAUUCAGCAGCUAGAUGUUAGAAACAAACAACUUAGAGCACAUUUUGUAUCCGGUGACUCGGAUAACACCACAUCUUCAAGCAGUUCGACGCCGAAGGCAACAACCAUGCAACAAUCGCAUGACGAUGCAAACGGUAGGAAGAGCUCGUUCGACAGCAGCCGACAUCAUUCGUUGUCGACGGUAAUCAAAGCGGCAUCCAGCGACGGUAGCUCAGGAAUAUCCAGCCAAAGCAGUCUUCCGACGGGCCAUUGUUUCGAUAACAGCAACAAAGAGUAUCAUUCCAUUAACAAUAAGAAAGAAUCGCAUCCUAGAUUGAAGCUAUGCGAAGGAGCCAAACUAGGCGUAUCUACAGUUUUCCCCACAUCCACGUCAACCGGGCUCGACUCGGUAAACCUUACGAGCAGUAAUAACCGAACCAAAGUUCUAAAUUCCAAACACUUAAACAUAAGCCUCCUCAAUGGAGGUUCUGCACGACCCAUCACCAGCACCAGCACCGCCAGCAUCUCCUCAUCGCCAGCCAACACUGGCUUAAUCGCCGCCUCGACAAGCAAUGCAUCGCCGGGCAGCAGCAGUAGUAGUAGCAGUAGUAGCAAAAGUUGCACCAGCAGAACUAAUAAUAAUAAUGAUAACGAAUGUCUAACCGAGCUUAAGCCAGCAAAUAAGAUGAGUUCGCCCCUUCCCUUGAAUGAGAAGGACGUUGAACAAAUUCAUCGAUUCGAAUUGGAAAUCUAAAAUAAAAGCUUUGCUAAAAUCACGAACAACCUAAUCACGCAAGCAGCUGCAUUAAACAACAAUCAUUAUUGUUAUUGACACAAACAAGAUGGAUCAGCUUACGAUUGAAUCAGUCACCUACGCCAAAAUGAUGCACUGCUUUCGAGUUGCAUUGCUAAUGAAUUAAGACCUUAUAAACCGUUUUCAUUUGGAUAUUGACACCAUGAACCUAAUUCAAUUACUUGUACAAUACCCAGCAGCUUCCUGUUUGCUCCCACCAGUUAUUUGUGCACGCAGACUAAUUUAAAUAUUACCAAACCCUUCUGUACAUUACUGCUUAUUGUUACGAAAAAUUCAAUCUUAAAUUGAUUCACAAUUAUUAUUAUUUUUCAUGUACAGUUAACUAUGUAUAGAAACCCCUAACACAUAUAGUAAAAAAUUCAUCAUAGACUUUAAGCGUAAAUGUAAAGCUGAACCCGAUCCCGAACAGCUUGUCCUAAUCUUUUGACAAUGGAAAGAGUGUUUGGUGAAACCAUAUUUGCUAACAAGUAAGCUUACACACCCUGUUCUAGUAUUAGAAGCCGAAUCAAGUGUUCACACCCGUCUUACACCAAUUUUAUAAACUAUUUCUGCUCAUUUGGAUAUAGGAAACUAAAAUGCGAAAUUAGACACCGUACUGUUGAGCAGACAGCCAGAUCUUAGUGCAUACUUUUAUAGCUUUAGAACAUUAUUUAAUUCAAUUGAUUUUACCACCCUGGUGUAGAGCAGUCUAUCACACCUACGUCGGGUUACGUCGAAGGAUCUUUGUUUUCGAUGGUACUAUUAGUAAGUAUCGAAAACAUUUUACACGCAGUCUUCCCCUCCCCUUUGUGGUUCUGUUGACUUUAUUUUUUAUCAAUCAGCAAUAAAAAUGUGCAUGUUUUUUGUCAAAAUGA